CGCAGGAAAAAAAAAAUGGCUGAAGCAGUUUCACCAAUAACUCGACAAGUAACAGGAGGAAACGGGGAAACUCGGGCCCCUUCUGUCGAUAUGCGCCUUGAAGAUGUCGAAGAUUGUUUGAUUUACGACCGGCACGGAGUCUCUAUUCCUUUCAAGAAGUUAUACCAAGAGAGGACAUCGGUCAUAAUUUUCGUGCGGAAUUUCUUGUGCUACAGCUGCAAAGAAUAUGUGGAUGACUUGAGCAAAAUACCUAGGGAAGCACUGGAGGGUGCGGACAUUAGACUGAUUGUGAUUGGUCAGUCUGCUCAUCGCCAUAUUCAGCCAUUCUGCUCGCUGACGGGCUAUCCCCAUGAAAUAUAUGUGGACCCGGAGAGGUGCAUUUAUCAGAAGCUUGGGAUGAAGAGGGAGGAGAAAUUCACAAACUCCGCAAACCCUAGUCCUCAUGUGAAGUCUGGUGUUUUUGUGGGCCAAAUGAAGAGUAUAUGGAGGGCCAUGACUAGCCCUGCCUUUGACUUUCAGGGUGACCUACAUCAGCAAGGUGGAGCCAUCAUUGCAGGACCAGGCUCUCGAGUUCAUUUUUGCCAUCACGACAUGAACCACCUGGACCACAUGCCCAUUACCUGGCUCCUGCAGCUCGCCGGAGUUCAGCAGGCCCUGGACUUCAGCGACGAGCCAAAGGUCAUCCAUGUAUAGCCAGGUGGCCACCUGAAAGUCUGCUUCGCCCCACGUCACUGUUAUUAUCACGCAUGCAGAGGUGUACACAUGUCGUUUGUUUAGUUGCAUCGCAUUGUUUAUCAUUUCUGUCCUGGGUUGUGACUUGACUGCCUUGCCAAAAUCUUGGAGAGGUCUGAAUGUUUUAUUUAUUUAAUUUAAUCUUUGUUUACACAGGAAGUCUCUUGUGAUACAUUAUAUUAUUUUAUAAGAGAGACCCGGCCAAAAUGGCAACGAAAGAUAGAUGUCACAUAAUUCAUUUACAAGUCAGAAACAACGGAACAAGACCUCAGAGAAAUGAGACUGAUAAAAACUUUCAGUCUAUGUUGAGUGUGAAACUUCAUUUUUGAUCUUGAUAACAGGUAGUUACAAAAAAAAAA